GGUGUGUGUGUGUGUGUUUGAGCUGCGUGUGUGUUGCUCAGCAUAUGCUCUGUUGUGUUUCUUCUUCUUCUUCUUCUUGUUCUGCUCUGACCUGGUAGACGUUGCCAUGGAUGCUCACACGACUCCAGCCCCUGGGACCCUCCCUCUUUCUACCGAAGCUGUGACUAAGAUGGUGACAAACGCCGCCGACACUGACGGUGGAGAUUUGGCAGCUUUAAUCGGAGGGAUCGUCGUCUCCGUGCUGCUGCUCCUCAUCUGCAUCAUAGCCGUGCUGCUGUGGUGUAUGUCCAGGCAAAAAGGCUCAUACGUCACCAACGAGACAGACGGCGACGACGAGGUGGACGACGACGACAACCGGUCCGUGGGCUCUGAUGCGGAGCUCCAAUGCAAAGAACCUCUGAAGACCAAAGAGGACGAAUAAAGACAGAAGCAAGGAAACUUUUACUGGAGUCGUCGAGGACUAAAGAGCUUUUGUGUUUGUGGGAAAUCAUUUUUCAAUAGUAGCUGAUUUUCCUAAAGCACAAAGCGAGUUUGCACGUUGCUGCAAGACAAAACUGACAAGUGACUCUUCACGCAGUGACGUUAUUGGAUGAAGUUUGGGCAUCAGUUGAUGAAUGAAAGUCACAACAUAUUUCAAUGUGAUUUUAUUUCUAAUGUCAAUAUUUACUCUUGUUAACGUGAUGAUGUUUCCGGAGAAAUAUCUAAUUAGACAUAAAACCAUGCAGCUCAGUCUCCUGAAGAAGUGUUGGCAUUGCACGUUUCUGCAAACCAUGAAUACGUCACAAUUGCAAGUUUCGUAUGUGUCAUAUCAUCGUUCCAAAGUCAAGUACCUGGCUUUGGAAGUGGAAACGGUGGAUGGCGUGUCAUGUACAGGACAUGCUUACCAAGCUGCAGACCACUGUUGGAGACCACUGGCUGUUUUUCCAGCAGCUUUUCAGUUGCCAAACGUGGGUGUUCUGUGGCAACUUAUUGCUGUACAUGAAAAGUGGUUGUUACCAGGGGGUAUAAUGUCUCCGAAAGCGGGUAUAUGAAGCUAAAACACAACCAUUUUAAAACUCUUUCUAGCUGCCUUCUGUCUCUUUGUAUCGCUCUGAGUCGCUUUCUCUUUCUUUGAAGUCAUUUAGGCCUUGUUUCCACGGAUACCGAUACAAAUAAAAACAGAUUUUUAUUUAUCCCGUAUAACAUAAAUUCCGGGUUCACACGAUCAGCUGUGAAAACGAUAUCUCUGUUCAAAAACGGCAGCGUUUUGCUGCAGUUAGCAUGCCAGGCCAGUAGGUGGCGAUACGACAGAAGAACGUUCUGUGCAUGCAUAGUGAUUUGUUUUCCUCUUGGCGCUAGUGAUAAAAACAAUGACAAACAACAUUUUAAUCUAAUGUAGCAUAGUUAGCUGCUAUGCACUUACUAAUAUCGGGCACAGCAGACGUCUUUGUGUGCCGAUGUAGCGGUAGUUCAUUCGUAAGCUCGUAAGUCGUCCCAAAAGUGCUAACAAAACGUAAACAACACGGCAUAUAUCCGCCAUUGUUGUGAAAUGUCAUCGUUUUCCAAAAUCUCUGUCUAUCUUGUUUACACGUCUCCACAGAAAUGGAUAUUUUUAAAAACUUUCAUUCUGGAAGCCGUUUUUGAAAAUCUCCAUUUUCAUCGAGAAAAACGCCGGUUACGUGUAAAUGACAGCUGCCCAUUUUCAGAAAUAUAUGGAACCGUAUAAACAGGCCCUUUAUGUCUCUUUGUAGCUGCCUUCUGUCUCUUUGUAUCUCUUUGAGUCGCUUUCUGUCUCUCCAAAGUCAUUUUGAAUCUCUUAAUAAUGAUUCUGAAUCUGCUUAAAGUCAUUUUAACCUAUUUGUACCUGCUUUCUGUGUCUUUGGAAUCAUUGUGACGCUGUGUAGUCACUUUAAAUCUCCUUUCUGUCUCUCUUUGGUCACUGUGAAUCUCUGCAGAGUUGUUUUGCAUCUUUCUGUAGUCGUGUUGUGUCUCUUUUCAGCUGUUUUGCAUCGUUUUUUAUUGUUGCUUUGUUUUGUGUCUGUUUGUAUUGUUUUGUCAUUUUGAGUCUCUUCCUGGUGGGUACAGUUCGGUCCCUGGGCCUGUUCAGUAAUCCAUCCAUGAGCCACGGCAUUGUUAAGUUUCAGUGUAUCUGCAACAUAAUAAUAUGCAAAUGCAACGUAUCUGCGGUUUGAGACGUACAAUGCCAACAUUUGUUCUGGUGACUGGGUUGGUACUUUCGGUCAGAGGCUGCUGCACUGUGCAUCAGAUCUGAAUCAUGAGAACGAGCCCUUUUUGUUUUUGUUGUUCCUGCCACAGUAAUGUGUCAUUCCUACCAGCGACAUCCUGAGUGCAUCAUCUCAUUUGAAACACUGAGAGUUUCAGAUUGACCCUCCUGAGAUGGUUUAAAAAAAUAUACAGCUUUAAAAAACUUCAGUCUAUUUUUACAGAAUAACAAUCAUUCAUUUAGGGAGCACUUCCUGUUGCUUCACGUCUCCACAGAUUAUUCAUCAGGUUUAUAAUCCGCCUGAAUCACGUGUCACAAAAUGACUUUUCCACCAGACAAAUCUUUUUCACCGCAGAGCAAGCUUUCUGCCAAAGAGGCUGCGAGACCAAACUACCAGACGCUGGUAAACAUUUACCGGCCGCUGGUGAUUUUCCAUCCUGGUUGUUGUCAUAUUUGCAGCAACUAUGAAUCAGCUGUGAGGAGAAACCUGUGUGCUGAGAGUUUGUGUGGUUAUUUUCCAACCUGAAUUCAACCUAUGCUGAUGUUUGUCUGCAUUUUUUACUAUCAGAGUUUCUUUUGUCUGUUUUUCUUUCCAUAAAUGGACAGAAAUGAUGAUAAAGUUAGAGGUGAAAAGGGUUUUUAGAAGCAAAGAGGGAUGAAGAAAGGAAGAAAGUCAGUACUUAGUUGCAAUAAUUAAUUGUUUUCUACAGCUAGAAAUAGAAAUUUAAAUGUUUUUUCACUUAUUAAAACAUUUUCUUUUAUUUACUAUCGAUUUAUAAGAAUAAAGUUUAUGCCUUUUGACACAA